AUGCGCGGGGCAUUAAGUCACAGACACAUCGAAGACAUCACUUUUCACUCGACAAUGGCCUCACUGUUUGAACAGUACGAACAGUUCGCAUCCCUGUCCUCACGAGGCCUGGCACUGGACUCUGACAGAAAUCAGGACAACUCCAUCAUCAAUAUGUGCAGUGAUAGCGAAGAACCCAUUUUCAGCAAACAUAAGCUCGACUUCUCACCCGUCGAUAAGAUCACACAUUUGGCGGUCAGUAAUAAUCAUGUGGUGAUGGCUCUGAAGAAUAGGACAAUCUUGAGAAUGGAUCUCAUGCACGGACACCAAACUAAUGAUAUCGAUUUGACGCCAUUUAUCUCAGAUAAGAGCCAUUCCUCGCGAGUGAAUAACCUCUUUGUGGACCCGACGGGCAAACACUGUAUCAUAAGUGUGACGAACAGCGAGACUCAGGUGUCGGCAGAAAAUCUGUAUUUAUCUAAAAAAUGUGUCCAAACAUCGAAAAUGAAAGGACACGUGAUUACAGCCAUCGGCUGGAACUUCGAGGUCAGCGGUAAGAGUCCGUCCAAUAGCACCGGGAAUAUACUGAUCGCCACAAACAAGGGACUCAUCUUUGAGACCGAAUUGGUUUCUGGCGAUGAGUCCAAGUUCUUCCCUAUAAGCGGAGGUCCCGAACAGUAUUGGAGACAAGCGUUUGAUUUGGGAUCAGAUGCCGGCCCUGUGUUUGGUCUCGAGUUUCAUAAGAUUAGGCAAAUGAAUACCAAUGAGUCGAUGUAUUUCAUUAUUGUCACCACAAGAAAUCGUUUGUAUCAAUUCGUGGGCAACGCCUCCAAUGCCAACGAUUCUCCGUUUUUAUAUCAAGUGUUUAAUUCAUCUAAUAAUCAGUUUCAAGAUAUGCCCAAAGAUAUGACUUUCAGUCGAUUAGAUUUUUGCUAUCCCAGUCCUUAUGGAAUUCCUAUAGCGUUUGGAUGGCUAACCGGUCCGGGUGUGAUGUGCGGACAAAUAGACUUAAGCACUAAAUCAUUGGCCAAUAAUAGUGUGAUAAAUACUACAACUCUGUUGUCGUAUAGAAGCGAUUCAGACAAUAGCCUUACAACGGAUGAAAAUCCUAUAUCUUUAGUGUUAACCCAAUAUCAUGUGUUGAUUCUAAUGAGAAAUCAUUUGAAAGUGAUUUGUGUAUUGAACGAAGAGGUGGUGUUUGAGGACUAUUUCACGGAAACUUACGGCAAAUUAGUGGGCAUUGCGAAGGACCCGACACGAGGAACGGUGUGGGUGUUCACACAUUUAGCCGUUUAUAGGUAUAAGAUUGUGGCCGAAGACAGGAAUAUAUGGCGAAUAUAUUUAGAUAAACAGGACUUCGAAGCGGCCAAACGGUUGGCCAGAAACGACGCCCUCAAGACAGACCGCAUUAUCUGCGCCGAAGCCGACUAUUAUUUCGCUAAAAAGAACUACGAAAAGAGUGCAUCGCUUUACGCCAUAAGUCACAAGUGUUUCGAAGAAAUUGCGCUUAAAUUCAUUCAAAUCAAAGAAGACGAGGCUCUGAAGCAGUUCCUGGUCUGCAAAUUGGAUACUUUGUCGCCUAAAGACACCACUCAGCUAACGGUGCUGUUGUUAUGGCUGAUUGAGAUACAGCUCAACCAAAUGGGAUCGCUUCGGAACGCCGACAAAGAGGCCACCGAUGAGUACCAACUCAUUGAAGCCGAGUUCCAGAGUUUGCUCUCAGAGAACAAACUUCGGAACUGUUUAAUUAAAAGUCGGAAAGCAGUCUAUGAUUUGAUUGAAAGCCAUGGAAGUGAGAAGAAUUGGAUCUCUUUUGCUGUUCUGAUGCAAGAUUACAAUCGGAUCAUUGAAUACCAUUUAAGGCAUAAGAACUAUAGUCAGGCUUUCGUUGUACUUAAACAACAAGGAGUGACGGAAAUGUUUUAUAAAUUCGCACCAAUUCUGAUGCAAGAGAUGCCAUCGGAAUUGAUAUCACUUUUAAUACAAUUGGCGCCACAAUUGGAUUCAACGAAACUGAUCCCCGCUUUAGUUCAACAAAAUCUGAAAAACAUCGACGAAAACAAUGAUAAACAGUGUUUGGAGACGAUCCGAUAUCUGGAGCACUGCGCCUACAAAUUAGGAGAUCCCGACCCUGUAAUACACAACUAUUUACUGGCACUCUAUGCGCAGACAGCGUCCGACAAACUGAUGACAUACCUGUCGAUGAAAGGUCAGGACGAGUCCACCGUUCCCUACGACAUCAGAUACGCGGCCCGUAUUUGCUGCGAACUGGGCUUAGAGAGGGCUUGUGUGCACCUGUACUCCACAAUGGGUAUGUGGGAGGAGGCCGUAGACCUGGCCCUCAAACUGGACGUAGAGUUGGCCAAACAGACGGCCGACCGGUGCGACCAAUUGGGCGAUCAGAUGAGGAAAAGGCUGUGGCUUCGCAUCGCGAAGAAUGUCAUUCAGAAUAGCAGUGAAAAAGACGUUCAAACGGCCACUAAAAUACUGAAAGAGUGCGACCUCUUGAAGAUUGAGGACAUAUUGACAUUCUUUCCCGACUUCGUGACCAUCGAUCACUUCAAAGAAGCCAUUUGUGAAUCGCUUCAGGAGUAUAACCGCAACAUCGAUGCGCUUAAAGACGACAUGAAGAGCGCCACUGAAAGCGCCCGUCAAAUACGACAAGACAUCAAAGCCUUUCGCAAUAAGUUUACAAUCAUUCGUACGGAAGACAAGUGUAUUGUUUGCGAUUACCCGGUACUCACCCGCGCUUUCUAUGCCUUCCCGUGCGGCCAUCUCUUCCAUUCCGAUUGUCUCGUCAGAGAACUGAAGCCUUUGUUGACCGAAAGCCAACUCCAGAGGGUCGAAGAGAUUCAACGAAACCUGAGUGUUAGCGGUAGCGCUUCCGCACAGUUUAAGACUAAUAGCGAUGUUUUGGGCGAUCAGACCAACAGUAUUAACGCCGCAAACGAUAGGGAAAGGCUUCUCAAUGAAUUGGACGAUUUGGUGGCUAACGAGUGCUUCUAUUGCGGAGAUAUUAUCAUUGGUUGCAUCGACAGGCCGUUCAUUGCGGCUCAUGAGAUGGAUAAAGCGCUCGCGGGUUGGGAUUAA